GACCUCAUUGACCUGGAAAUUUGCCAACCCUUGCAUCGCCUUGCCCAUGUUUCGCUAAUUGUUUGUGCAUGAGAGCGGUAGAGCGGCCACGCUUUCAAAAUGUCAAAACAAUACCUUACCCUCCACACAAUCGAGUCGGCCCAUCCCAAAGCGAGCGACAUCUUCGCUGUAGCGCCGACUAGUACACAACUUCUCUCAGCCUCUGGCGCGAGCAGCAUCAAUGUUUACGACACCACAAAGCCCGAAUUUCCAGUUAUACAAACACUUGACAAGGCACACCCGCUCGGCAUACACCACCUAGUGACUGCGCGCGAAGAGAAGGCACGACGGGCUGCGAGUGCUGGUUUCGAGGGCAAGGUCAAAAUAUGGAGCCAGAGUGAAGAUGGAGCAUGGAGUGAGGAUGGAGAGAUUGUUGAUCAAAACAAACCGGGUGAGGUGUGGGCAAUUGCAAUGAGCGCAGAUGGGCAGUACCUUGCUAGCAGCAGUAUCAACGGCAAGAUAAACGUCUGGAGCUUGAAUAAAGAAGAGGGUAUGCCCCGCAUACGCGAGUACGAGACCAAGGGUAGCUUUGGUUUGUGUGUAGAUCUGAGCCGCGACGGCAGUUUCACAGCUUCGGGACAUGAGAAUGGCUCGAUAUACGUUUUCAACAACGACACUGGGCGUCUAGCGCACUCUCUAGCAGGGCUCGUACACCCAAUUCGCAGUGUGGCCUUCUCCCCAACUUCGAAGCUCCUAGCAGCAGGAGGUGAUGCCAGGAUCAUUGCAAUCUACAACGUCUCUUCGGGUGAGCAGGUAGCAAAUCUCACAGGACAUGGUGGCUGGGUACUCAGUCUUGACUGGAGUGACACCGGCGAUUAUUUGCUGUCGGGAUCUUACGACUCAAAAGCGAAGGUAUGGCGGUUCGAGACUAAGACGUGCGUCGCAACCCAUUCGCACGGCGACAAGCCUCUUUGGAGCGCAAAGUGGUUGCCCAAGGUUCCCACAAAGAGCGAGAUGUUUGCACUGGCGGGAGGAAACAACACUAUUGGCUUGUAUCGAGAGGCUGCUGGCUGAUUAACGACUUGCUGGAUCGGAUCGUGCUAUACUGCAUAAUGUAGGACGGCGUUUGAGCUGACAACGCUCGCUGAAACCAUCACACACUGCUGCCUUGUAAAGCUCCAAUCAUCAAGCUGAUGGUGUUCGAGGGUGUAAAGUGGACAUGGUAGAAACAUUCGCCCUGCAGUUGCGAUUUGACAAACCUAGGUAAUCGUCAUAUGAAAUGCCCAUACCUCAGAUCAAUUGAGAACACAAAUUCAUGCAAUCUUCGUCAC